CAUACUCAAAGCCCAUAAAGGCCCUAACUCUGGCUCUUAUCAGAACAUCAUCCACACUCUUCUCACUUUCUCUCUCCUCUUCGUCGAUAACAACAACAUCAACGAAGAAGAAGCUCUGAGAAAAAUGGCGACAAUAACAGCUUCUUCUCAAUCACUCUUCCUCCUUAGCCCUAAAAUACUUUCUCUCUCCACCGCACUAACCACCAGAAAAAACCUCUCCUUCACCACCCCCAUCGCAAAAACCACCGCCACCACUGGUCUUUCUCUCAGAAUUAGGGCUUCUUCGUCUUCUUUAUCUCCUUCUCCGACAUCGUCAAUUCCAUCGAAUCCACUCCCCUUCGACUAUUCUCUACUAUCCACCUCUACUCGCACAAUCACCACCCUGAUCGCCACCGUCUUCGUCGUCUCGAAAGUCCUCGCCACCAAAAUCAGCUCGAUUUUACCCUGCCCAACCCCCGCCGAGCUCCAAAAUCUUUACGCCAUGAAGAAAAAUCUACUAGGUUCAGUGGGUCCGUUGUUCUUCGCCGCACUGAAAGACCGCCCAAGUGGUUCUCUCAACACUCCAUUAACCGUCGUUGCGGCAGGAAUGGCGAAAUGGCUCGACAUCUACAGCGGUGUGUUGAUGGUUAGGGUUUUGCUCAGUUGGUUCCCGAAUAUCCCUUGGGAUAGACAACCAUUAUCAGCAAUUAGGGAUUUGUGUGAUCCUUAUCUGAAUUUGUUUAGAAACAUAAUUCCUCCAAUUUUUGACACGUUGGACGUGAGCCCACUGUUGGCUUUCGCGGUAUUGGGGACUCUCGGCGCUAUUUUGAGCAGCAGUCUUGGGAGUUAUUGAUGGAGCUAUAUAUGUUCGGUAUCGUUGAAUUUUGUUCAAGUUUUUAUCAAAUUUUUGUUAUAAGAAUGAAUUUUGCCUGGUGAGUAUGUUUAAGAACAAUGAAAUAUACUAAUUUAGUAAGCUGUUAGUUUUACAUUAGGUGAAGAAAAGAAAUCAUCAAAUUGUUGGGGAAACUUGAGCCUAUAAUUAUAUAAUUAUAUGUAUUUAUGCUAUGUUAACUUUUGUUAUUCUGAUAAAGUAAUUGAGUGAGUUGUUUAUGGUA